UUUCUUAGACUCUCAGCUACAUAGUCCAUUAAUGUAAUAGUAACUUACUCCGUUUUAAGUACAUGACCAAGAAAGAGGGAAAGUAAAUAAACAGAUAAAGCUGCGUCGAAUAACAAAUUGGAGAGCUAGGAUGGUAUCAGCUGAUACGAACCUGAUAAAAAGCAUCCUCACCUAGGCACCCUCGAGUUCUGAUUACAGAAGCGAGGCCGUCCACCCGCACACCUAAGAGUUAUUGAGGAGCCCGCACGUGAAGGCCUCCUGGCCUUUAGGAAGAAGUGGGCGUGGGGAGAUGUCCUCGCUGGCUCUCCCACGCCAUGGCGCUUCCCCGCGGCUUUCUCCUUGGGUUUUACUGCUUUGCCUGGCUGAGUGCUCCUAUUAAUCUGGGUUCUUGGGCGUCUGGGGGAGAAGCUCAGAGUGCAGCGAGUGUCAAGUUGGAACCUGAAGCAGCGCCCCGGUCCUUGCUGCAGCCCGUAGACGGCGCUCACAGUUCUGGCCUCCUCCCGCCCUUUUUCAAGGUCCGGUCUGGCGGGCGCGGCGGAGCCCCUCCUCGGCUGCAGCCAGACUCCAGAGCCCUGCGCUACAUGAAGAAGCUCUACAAGACGUACGCCACCAAGGAGGGGGUCCCCAAGCCCACCAGAAGCCACCUCUACAACACUGUCCGACUCUUCACCCCCCACUCCCCGCAGAAGUACGCUUCUGGAGGCCAGGUGACAGGGGCCGCCCCCUCGGCGCCGCUGCGCUUCAGCUUGGGCCGCGUGGCUGCCGUGGAACGCCUGCUCAAGUCGGUCUUGCUCUACGCGGCCAGCGGCUCCCCUGGGGCGAGAUGCGCGGGCAGCCUGACGGCCAGCGGGCCGCGCUCCUCCGGCCGGGCUCUCCCCGUCGGCGCCCGGCUACAGCUCGGAGACGACCGCCGCGGGCUUGAGCUCGACGUGACCCAGCUCCUGCAGCCCCUGGUGGCGGCCGGCACGCGCAGCAUCCGCCUGUCCGUCAACGUCACGUGCGGGGGCGGGGCCGACCGGGCCGUGCGCGCGCCGCCCUCGCUGCUGCUCUACCUGAACGACACCAGCGCGCCCCGGGGCCCCGCCUGCCCAGGCCGCCGGGCGCCGCCGCCUUCAACCUGAGCGAGUACCUGCGACGGUUUCUCACCCCCCGAGGCGAGUGCGAGCUGCACGACUUCAGGCUCAGCUUCCGGCAGCUGCGCUGGGACAGCUGGAUCGUGGCCCCGCAGCGGUACAACCCGCGCUACUGCCAGGGCCGCUGUCCCCGCGCCGUGCGCCACCGCUACGGCUCCCCGCUGCACACCCUGGUGCAGAACGUCAUCUCCGAGAAGCUGGACGCGGCGGUGCCCGCGCCGUCGUGCGUGCCCGCCGCCUACGACCCCCUGAGCGUCCUGACCGUCGAGCCCGACGCCUCCAUCGCCUACAAGGAGUACGACAACAUGAUCGCCACGCGGUGCACCUGCCGCUGACCCGCGCCCCCGCGCUCUCUGCAGGAAACGCCAGUUGUUGCGUGCUUACUACUGAGCUGUUUUAAAUCUCCAAACCUGAAACUUAAUUACUUCGGAGAGCUUCACUUUUCCCCCUCUUGAGCAGUGUUUUCUUUUCGCACAAGUCUUAUUUUGGAUGGAAAAAUGUCAUUAACAUAGAUUUUGGAAUCGCAGUUAUAAACCAUUUAGAGUGCUGGCGUCUUCUGUAAAUGAAAAAUAAAUUCCUGUCAAGGGCAUAA